CUUCCCCGUUUGAAGAGGAACACAAUGACCGGAAAAGUACAAUUCCUAAAAGCUACCAAUUCCACGAACAUCUCGGUAAAAAAAGGACCGCCAUUAAUUAAACUCAGUUUAUGUCUUCCAUCCAAUCAACUUCACCCACGUGUAUUCCAUUAAAACGAAAUUACACAAAAUUUCCAAUAAUUAGCCCCUUCCCCCGUCCCCAAAAAAAAAAAAAAAAGAAAAUUGAAGUUUGAAGUUACGCAGAGAUGCUUUGAGUAUAUUUCAAUUUGAUUCCUUACAAACGAAGGUAGUUAUCGUAAUAAAUCGGAAAAAUUCAGUGAAAAUUGAGUUCUUCAGGGAUAAACUCAUGGCAACUGCAACCAUGGCUACUGCAGCCGGUGCAGCUGCCCUUUUGUACUAUACAUUGAAUCGUAAAUUGCAGACAAAUAGGUCUGGUGAGUAUGACAAUGAAAGUGGAAGCAAUUUGUCCAGUAAUGCUCCUUUAGGAAUCGAGCGUGUUUCACAUAGAUUAAUUCAAGCUCCAGCAACAUGGUUAGAGACGAUUUCUACUUUGUCUGAAACUCUUAGGUUUACAUACUCUGAGACUUUGGGGAAGUGGCCCAUUGGAGAUUUGGCCUUUGGGAUCAACUUCUUAUUGAAGAGGCAGGGACAUAUGCAUGUUGCAAGUGUAUUUGGUGGUAAAGAUAGCAUUGAUCUCAAAGGACCAGAUAUAACCGCUGAACUUAGAUAUUUGUUAAACUUGUUGACACUGUGUUGGCAUUUUUCAAAAAAACCAUUUCCUUUAUUUUUGGAGGAGACUGGUUAUGAUGAGGAAGAUGUUCUUCUCCAAGAACCCAAAGCAGGAAUUUUGAAGCCUGCAUUUACAAUAUUAGUAGACCAUAAAACAAAAUGUUUUCUUCUAUUAAUUCGUGGAACACAUAGUAUCAAGGAUACUCUGACAGCUGCAACUGGAGCUGUAGUUCCAUUUCAUCACACUGUUGUGCAAGAGGGAGGAGUGAGCGAUUUAGUUUUAGGUUAUGCACAUUGUGGAAUGGUAGCAGCUGCUCGGUGGAUAGCAAAGCUUGCUACUCCUUGUCUUAUUAAAGCCCUUGGUAAAUAUCCAACUUAUAAAAUUAAGAUUGUAGGGCAUUCAUUGGGGGGAGGCACUGGUGCACUUUUAACUUAUGUGCUGCGGGAGCAAAAGGAGUUAUCAACAACUACCUGUGUCACAUUUGCUCCAGGUAUAAAACUGACUAUAUAUAUACUGCAUGCAGCUGCUUGUAUGACAUGGGAGUUAGCAGAAUCAGGGACUGAUUUUAUUACUUCUGUUAUAAACGGAGCAGACUUAGUGCCUACAUUCUCGGCUGCAUCUGUGGACGAUUUGCGUGCUGAGGUGACGGCAUCUGCUUGGCUGAAUGAUCUGAGGAAUCAAAUUGAGCAUACAAGAAUUCUGAGUACUGUUUAUAGAUCUGCCUCGGCAUUGGGUUCUCGUCUUCCAUCCAUUGCCAGUGCUAAAGCAAAAGUUGCUGGGGCUGGGGCAAUUUUGCGCCCAGUUUCUAAUGGUACACAGGUCGUGAUGAGAAGAGCCCAGAGCAUGGCUCAGGCGGCAUGGACUCGUCCUGCCAUAAAGUUGUCCUCUUGGUCAUGCAUUGGACCUCGUCAUCGUGGCACAGCUGCUGGCUCAAACUCAAAGGAAGAGGGAAGUUCACAAGAAUCUUCCCCCAAUAAAGCAGAAACGUCUGAGCCUCUUCUAACAUCACCCCAAAGAAACUCAUCUUCAAGUACAAUAGAAAACAUUGGACUUCCUGUGUCUUCAGGAGUUGAAUGGACUUCGGAAAAUGAGUGUUCGUGUUCCGAUGAACCACACCAUGAUAGGGAUGCUAAUCUGGAUGAUGCUGAGGAUCUUAUAAGCCACCACUCAAAUGGAGACCGCAUGAAUGAAGUGGAGUUGUGGCAACAACUAGAGCAUGAGCUUUAUGAUAGAACCGAAGGUGAGGAGGCUGAUGUUGCUAACCAAAUAAGGGAAGAAGAAGCAGCAGCCAUUGCAGAGGUUGGCGAGGGCCAGCCAGCUAGCUCUGUUCCAGAAACAAAGGAAGUGCACAGGUUUUUCCCUGCCGGAAAGAUAAUGCAUAUUGUUACACUUCACUCUGAUGCGGUGGAGUGGGAAGGUGAUCCUUCCACCUCAAUUGAUACUGACAAUGGCCAAAGGACAAUGGAGACUAGGAUUGGGAUUUUCCUUACACCGAGAUCUCUGUAUAGUAAAUUGCGGCUUUCCCAAACCAUGAUUAGUGAUCAUUUCAUGCCUAUUUACAGAAGACAGAUAGAAAAGCUAAUAAAGGAGCUUGAGGAGGAUCAAGCUCUGAAUGAUCAGAAUCAUGGUGGAUACACUGGAGAGGUAGUCUCAUAGGUAAAAAUUUGUUUUUUCUUUCUCUUAUUUUUUGGCUGAGAACAAAUUAUUUUGGAAAUCAUUUUAUAUAUGUUAAAAU